UUGAAAAAAAGUUCUGGUUGGUUGGUCAUGUCAUAUGUCGAGGAGUCUGCAAAUGUCUUAUGUCAUGUUUACGAGAACUCUGCAUGGAAGACACACAAAAAUUGUGGGACUUCACCUGUCCUCCCUAUGACUCCAAAGAAACCUCACCAGUGGCUGCAAGUGGUCGGUCAUGCAGGGAGCUUUCAUGUUGGGGAUUAUGGCACACUGCUAAAGAGGUUUUGUGAGAGGGAGCAACAAUGCUACCUCAGGCUGAUGGAAGACACUUUGAAGCCCUUUGUUCCAGCCUACCACGGUGUGGUACAGCGGGACGAGCAGGAUUACAACAUGAUGGAUAACUUGCUGACCUAUUUCAACUCCCCUGCCAUCAUGGACUGCAAGAUGGGGAGCCGCACAUACCUCGAGGGAGAGCUGCAGCUGGCUAGAGAGCGGCCCCAGCCUCGUAACGACAUGUACAAGAAGAUGGUGGCUGUGGACCCAGAGGCCCCAACGGUACAGGAACGAGCCCAGCAGGCGGUGCUGAAAACAAGGUACAUGCAGUGGAGGGAGACACUGAGCUCCACAACAACUCUUGGAUUCCGUAUCGAAGGAUUCAGGAAGUCAAAUGGAGAGUGUCACACAAACUUCAAAAGGACCAAAAGCAGAGAGCAGGUGAUGGAAGCACUGGACAACUUUGUCGAAUCCAAUACACACAUCAUGUGGGGCUAUCUGAGACGAUUGAAACAACUACGGCAGGUCUUGGAGGCGUCAGACUUCUUCAGAUCACAUGAGGUUGUGGGCAGUUCCUUACUGUUUGUACAUGACUGGACAGGCAGAACAGGAGUCUGGAUGAUUGACUUUGGGAAGACAGCUGCAUUGCCGACACACCUCACCUUGGACCACCGCACUCCCUGGGUAGAAGGUAAUCGAGAAGAUGGCUACCUGUGGGGUCUGGACAACCUCAUUGAGAUACUCGCCAACAUGCUGCCACUGACCUGAAGGCUACUCUAGACAUGUGGAAGUUUACUUUUCAUUCUUUCUUCACCAUCAUAAGUGAGUGACUGCCGAUAGACUGAAAUGGUUGAGUUGUCAGAAUUUAGGGAAUUGCCUCUAUUGGAAAACACACUAUGAGGGUGUAAAAAUGGAAGAUGUGAAUGAUUACAGUAACAACACAUUAUGCAAAAUGUGUUAACAAGUAAAUAUUCCCAGAAUCUUUUUUACAGUACAUCAUGCCCACAACAUUGAUUUAAAGGUCAUCUUUACCUGAGCCGUGUAAAGUUUGACCACUGAAUAGACCUACACUCACCUCUACUGCACUGCCACUAACACCAAGUGUACUCUGUAAGAGACACCAUCUUAGUUUCCAGCCACAGCCGGAGACGUCUGAUUCUUCUGAUAGCACAAGCAAUUAUAAGCCAAAGAUAUGGCUGCCCCCUCUGGUUUGAGAUGAUAAUGUCACGCUGUGUCAUUAAAAUGGUGCUAAAACAUAA